AUGAACCCCAUUCAGCGACCCAUGCUGCAUUCGCGCCGCCUCCUUCUGUUCAUACAUCAGGAUCGGACCACUCUACAGCUCUUACACCAUUACGAUACCGUUGUGUACAAGACUCUGACUCGCGAUCAGCGGACGGAGACUCUAUGGAGACAUACGGUGCCUGAGAUUGCAUUCACCAACGAGGCUUUAUUACAGGCUUUACUUGCCUUGUCUGCGCUCAACUACGCCAUCCGUAACCCUGACCAGCACAGGGAAUUUAUCAUCGUGUCCUCCCGUUUCCAGAGCCUGGCGCUCCAACACUUUUCCGCGAAUCUUCAUAACAUCAACGAAGACAACUGUAGAGGCUAUUUUCUGCUAGCAACUUUUGUAUUUCUCCUAACUAUGUGCUCGACCGCGAAUGCUAGCAUACUCGGUAAAAUCAUCUCGCCGGUAGAUGUUGCGCAGUCGUUCGUGCUCCUACAAGGGAUAAAAACAAUCAUGUCUGUCAAGUCUGUGGAACAGUGGAAAGCAGAUGGCCCGCUUUCGAUAUUGCUGGACGAGGGUAAUAUCACUGAACCUAAAGAUUCGGGACCCUAUCUUGAACGAUUAAAACAGCUUUCGGACCUUGCUCGAAAGCUGGAAGCGACCCUGGAUCCAAUCAAUGAACAGACCGCUUGCAUCCUCGCCAUUGAGACCCUCCGCUCUAUCCACAUCAAAUGCGGAAACGACGACAGCCCGUCAUCUCCACGACGGGUCUGGGUUUGGCCAAUGACAUUAACCCAGAUGUUUAUUGAUUUCAUCAGCCAAGGGCAUCCCGUGGCUCUGAUUAUUCUGGGCCAUUUCACAGCCCUGGCUCGUCCAUACGAAUCCUUUGAAUGGGUCAACCGCGGAUGGAGCGAAGUUGUAUUUCAGGCUGCAGAGAGUUCUCUAAGCCCGGAAUGGAAGAAAUGGAUUGAGUGGCCGAAGAAGUCAAUCAAAGAGAGAAUCAAUGUCAACGAUAUGCCGGUUCCUGAAAAUUUCGAGGACAGUUAA